GCCGAGCUCUGCCCCGCACCGCGGCCCCGCAGCGCAGCUCCCGCAGCCGUUGGCAAAGCCGCCGUUGGGGCGGUCGUGGGCCGGGGGCUCCGCAGCUCCCCGUGGGCUCAGCUCCCCCCAACGCACGAGCAUCGCUCGCCGCGCUCGGCCCCGGUCCCCGCGGGGGCGCUGCGCAAUCCCGGCUGCUCGCGGGGCUGCGGGCCCGGCUCGGUGCUGCGGGCCCGGCGCGGUGGGCCCGGCGCUGCCCGGCCCUGAGCACCGGUAAGAGCCGCUCCCGGUGCCCAUGGCUCCCUACCGCAUCCGGCUGUACCGCGACGAGGACUACGAUGCCGUGCGCUCCCUGUUUGCCCGUGGCAUCAUCGAGCACGCCCCGGCCAUCUACCGCCACAUGCUGCGCUCGACGCGGGUGCAGCUGGGGCUGCUGGCCCUGUUCUCAGUCGUGCGUGCCAUGGCUGGCAGCUGGCUGCUGGCCUUAGCUGCCGUGGCGCUGGUGCUGGCGGCCACGUGGCCCGUGAUGCGCUCCUUCAGCACGUCGUAUGUUCAGGAGGCGCUGAUCACCGACCUCUGCGACAUCGACAGCUCCUACAUGCGGGCGCCCGACUCCUGCUUCUGGGUGGUGGAGGCCGGCGGGGAGGUGGUGGGGAUGGUGGCUGUGGCUCCUCCGCAGGACCCGGCGCAGCGCGGUGUGGCCCUGGAGCUGAAGCGGAUGUCGGUCAGCAAGGAUUACCGCGGUCACGGCAUCUCCAAGGCGCUGUGCAGGGAGGUGCUGCGCUUCGCCCAGGCGCGGGGCUACGGGGCCGUGAUGCUGUACACCUCCAUAGUGCAGGUGGUGGCCCAGCGGCUGUAUGAAAGCCAGGGCUUCAGGAAGGUGGGUGCCAGCAGCCCCUCGCUGUUUGCCAGCAUGGUCUCCUUCCAGAUCUUCCAGUACCGCUGUGAGCUGCGCGGCCGCCUGUAGGGCCUGCCCUGUUCCUGUAGCACUGAGAAAUAAACACAGACUGUGGGACGGGUGUACGGCUGUCA